AUGGGCUACUCUGAAGUUCUCUGCCACAUUUGCGGCGUCAGUUUCAACAUCAACCGCUCUCGAACAGAUAAAGAACCUCGAAGCGCAGCCUGGGGUUAUCAGAGCCUUGCGAUCAACCCUGAAAACAGUCACGGCCGGUGGGGAUGCUACUACGUGAAGAGAGAUGGGGUCCAAGAACCCGGGGCCGCGUCAUUGGAACCAGUCAAGUAUAUUCCACCGCAAAUGGAACCAGAAGAUUCGUCCGAUGACGGAUGGACGUCAGACACGCCAGAUGAUGACUGGGAACACAUCGCUGGACCAGAAUGCGAGUACAACGGAGCCUACAAUGGAUACCGCGAUGAUUGGCAGCCCGAGAGAGACGAUCAAGACUUUGAAACUUCGGGCAACUUCUUCCUCAGCGGUUUGUCAGACGAUAUGCCCAGUAGAGAUAUGGGCUGGCCAUCUGUUUCUCCCUCCCGUCAUGGCAUGAGCGACGUCAGCGCCGAGAACAUCAUUUGGGAUCCUGAAGGGGCGGACGAGUCCUGUAUGCCCUUUCAUCCGGCCUGCUUUGAGAUAUUCAAGAGAGCUUCUCUACAUCGGUAUGGAACUGUGGAUAUUGAGUGCUUGAUGAAGUGGUGGCGCCUUGAACCAACGUACGAAGAUUUACAUGGUUUUCCUCGGCAUCCUGCUGUCAAAAAGGCUCAGGAGCAGUGGUGGAGUCAUGAACGUGGAGACGAGUUCCUAGUGGCCAACCCUUGCUUUGUUCCUGGAUUGGACGAUCUCCUGCAGUCGACACGCGUGGAACAUACCCUUGGGAAUGAGUCUAGCCUUCCUGGAACUACAAUAUCAAUGGAACCGGCCCCUUCAGACCCAUUCUCAAAGCUUCCUAGCGAAAUCAUUCGUGAGAUUCUCAUCCAUCUCAGUUUCAAGGACCUUGCCAACCUGCGACUUACCUCUCGCGUAUUUCUACAUCUGCCGAACACAGUUUUGUACGAAGUGACAGUUCGGGAAACUCCUUGGUUAUACGAAGCUUGGUCGUCAUUGCCUAUAUCGUUCUGGGCAACAACAACUCAAGCAGAGAUCGAGGAAGAGAUCGAACGCGGUGGUGACAUUCGCGCAACUCCUCAGCCAGUCAGGCUACUCGGCAAAGCUGAAACGGACUGGCUCCGUCUUCAAGUGGAGGUAUGGAAGAACUGGAAGCCAUUACUUGGGCUGCAGAACCGGCGCAGAAUCUGGGAUGAUUGCCAAGAAAUCUUGAAUCGGGUGGAUGAUUACCGGAAGCAAGGCAAGAUCUGA